AUGGAGCUGAGAUCGGAAAUGCCCAGCGUCCCAUCUGCGCCUCCUCCGGUGCCUCCCAGCUCGGUGGCGGCCGCCGCGGCAGCCGCGGCCGCGAGCUUGCCGGUGAGCGUGGCCGGCAGCCUCCUGCGGGGCCCCCCGCUGCUGCUGCGGGCGGCCGAGAAGUACCCGCGCACGCCCAAGUGCGCCCGGUGCCGGAACCACGGCGUGGUGUCGGCGCUGAAGGGCCACAAGCGCUACUGCCGCUGGAAGGACUGCAUGUGCGCCAAGUGCACCCUGAUCGCCGAGCGCCAGCGCGUCAUGGCCGCGCAGGUGGCGCUGCGCCGCCAGCAGGCGCAGGAGGAGAACGAGGCCCGCGAGCUCCAGCUGCUCUACGGCACCGCCGAGGGGCUGGCCCUGGCCGCGGCCAACGGCAUCAUCCCGCCCCGGCCAGCCUACGAGGUCUUCGGCUCCGUCUGCAGCGGGGCCAGCGGCGAGGGAGGCGCUGGGGGCUCGGACUCCAAGCUGCAGAAGUUCGACCUGUUCCCCAAGACGCUGCUGCCCAGCCGGGCUGUGACCCCGCAGCAGGCGGGCGGGAAGUCCCUGUCUACGGACGGGGAGUCGGUGCCGGGCACCUCCUCCCCAGAAGCUCGCCACGGCUCGGGCUCGGAGAACGGGGACGGCGAGUCCUUCCUGAGCUCGCCCGUCUCCAAGGGGCCGAAGGAGGGGGAGGAGAGCCCGGGCUCCAUCAGCCCGCUGGGCUCCGACUCGGGCUCGGAGGCCGAGAAGGACGAGCAGGACCCGUCGCCCUCGGCCGGCGGCCGCCAGCGGACUCCCAUCGACAUCCUGACGCGGGUCUUCCCGGCGCACCGGCGCAGCGUGCUGGAGCUGGUGCUGCAGGGCUGCGGCGGGGACGUGGUGCAGGCCAUCGAGCAGAUCCUCAACAACCGCGGCCCGGACAAGGGGCCCGAGGAGAGCUGGGCCCGGGACGGCGCCCUGCAGUCGAGCCCGGCCGCCGCGGCCGCCGUCGCCGCCCACCACCGGCCCUUGAUCGCCGGCACCAUGAGCCCGGCCAUCGGCACGCUGGGCAGCCGCUCCGCCUUCUCGCCCCUGCAGCCCAACGCCAGCCACUUCGGCGCCGAGGCCAGCGCCUACCCGCUGGGCACCCACCUGGGCCUCAACCCCCUGCGCCUGGCCUACUCGGCGCACAGCCGGGGACUGGCCUUCAUGGCCCCCUACUCCACCGCCGGCCUCAUGCCCACGCUGGGCUUCCGGCCGCCCAUGGACUACGCCUUCAGCGACCUCAUGCGGGACCGCUCCGCCGUGCACAAGGAGCAGGUCUACUCCAGCGGCCUCUACGGGCCCAUGGUCAACAACACCCCCGAGAAGCAAUAG